UUUUAAAAGAAGGUAUUUAGGCAAAAAUAGAAGUAAAUUAGAGGGCGGCGGAAUGGAGAAAAUAGUGGUGGUGGUGGAGGAGGUUGAGGUGGCGAUAACAGCCCUCAAAUGGGCGCUCCACAACAUCCUCCGCUGCGGCGAUGUGCUCACACUCCUCCACGUGUACCAAUCAAAGAGCAAGAAAAAGCUCCGGCGAUUUCGCCUCAAAGGCUUCCAAUUAGCUCUCUCAUUUAGAGAAAUCUGCACCGCCUUCCCCAACACGAAGACAGAGAUCGUUGUGACGGAAGGAGACGAGGAAGGGCGGAGAAUCGCCGCCGUCGUGAGGGAAAUCGGCGCCUCCACGCUUGUGGUGGGGCUUCAUGAUCGGAGCUUUCUAUACAGGUAUCUAUCACUCCAAAACAAUAGCAUAAGGCAUUUGAAUUGUAAGGUCCUUGCCAUCAAAAACCCAACAACAAGUCCGACAUCCUCAACUAUCUCUAUAGAAGGGCAUUCGACUAUGAUGGACUUGUCACAGAUUGAAAUAUCGGUACUUAGUGUGCCUCAAUUUCCUCCUAAAAAAAUCCCAUACCAAAUUUGUCCAGACCCCAAUGCUAUAAUUUGGAGAUCAAGGCCUACAAGGAAGUAAAGGAGGCUUCGAUCCACUUCAAGACUAUGGGCAUGUUACAUGCAUGUGAUGUCAUUUUCAAUUUUAAUUGGUAGUUAAAAAUACAUUGCAUCUUGGACGAGGAUACGAGAUAUAUUACAUAUUGAAGAAAAGAAUCUUGUGUUGCAGCUGAUCAUGGAAAGAAUCAAGCAAGUUUAUAGCUGCUUAUGAUCCAAA